AGAAGCCUAACCCAAAAGAGAAAAGAUCCCGUACAACCCCUCUCUCCUAAGCCACUGCUCGCCACGUGGAUGCCCUCAAAAUAUGUGUUGUCAUUUACAAAUCUUUAGUAACAGUCUUCUUCCUCAGUCGCUACCUCCAUUUUUCAUAACUUUCACCAGAUUUUCAUUUGAUUUCACUUUUUCUUUUCUUUUCGCUUUUCAUUCUCUUUUUAUGGCUAUUUAAAUCGUCUUCUAAUUCACUCUAAUUCACCACAAAACAACCAUCAACAAAUAGCUGAAGCUUUUCAAUUCUCUUUAAUGGCGGCAUUUUCUAAGAAAACCAAGUUGAUGAACAUGGAUAAACCAGAUAUGAAUCUGGGACUCUCUUUAUCUCUGGGUGGAAUUUAUGAAUCCAAUAGAAAUUCAUUACCAUUGCCAAGAUCAUCUUCCAUUAUUGGAAUGCUGACAGUGAACAAAAAUGAUGCUGAAUUAGCUGAGCAUAAUUCAAAAAACUCACUGCUUUUUAGGUCUUGUUCAGUGCCAACUGAGGCAGAGCAAGAGCAGAGAAAGGCCACUGUAAUGGCUAUGAUAGCCAGAAAAAGAAUUGAUUCUGCUUAUUUUAUGACUGAAAAUGGAAUUAAUGGUAAUUUGCAGGAGAAUUUUGUGGCUAAUGAACCAAGUAUUAUGCCAUCUUCACCAUCUGAAAUUGCUGCUUGGGCUGCUGCUUCUGCUGCAAAAAGCCCCGCCCUGUGUCGCGCUCUCGUCGAGAUUAAGAGGCAGGCCUUUUUGAAUAGCAGCAGAAAACUUGGUGCUAAAAAAAUUCGUACAGAACAAGAAAGUUUGGCUGCGGAGAAUGGUGCGAGCCGUCCACACGCUCCAACGCAGAAGGAAUCAGAAUUCAAGCUGGCAGAACAACCCGAGAGCGGAAAUCCAUUCAAAAAGGCUAAACUUAUGAGCAAUGUGUUUGAGGUUACGGGGAUGGAAGUGAUGAAAGAGAUGCCUAGUGUGACAACAACAGGAGAUGGCCCAUACGGAAGGAAAAUAGAAGGAUUUCUGUACAAAUACAAGCAAGGCGAAGUGGGCAUUGUGUGCGUAUGCCACGGCAGGUUUCUGUCACCGGCAGAGUUCGUAAGGCAUGCCGGCGGCUAUGAUGUAGCAAACCCGAUGAGGCGCAUUACUGUAUGCCCCUCUUUUAAUUCCUUUUAGCACAUUUUAUUACAGGGGCUUAAAAGUGUAACAAUUGUGUCUAGCAAUUACUUUUAUUGAAUUUCCUUUUGGUGUUCUUUUGAGAAAUCUCAGGAGGACUCUCUAUGAUAAGCUUUUAAAAGGAAGAAAUAGAUUUUAAUUUCUCUUCAUUGUGGAGAGAUUGUUUUAUCA